GUUUUUAAUUUGUCUUAAAAGCUUUGGGUAAUAAUCGUUGACCGAAAGCAAGGUUGCCUCCUUGACGAAGACAAGGCCGUGAAGGAGCCAAAUUUAGUGGGGGAAAUACCAAAACAAUUGCUAUGUAACUAAUCAAAAGCAAAGCAGCUAACUCGUUUGGGAAAACGACUGCUCUGCAAACCUCAAAACCGUUACCUUCUAAUUCCUUUUCUACGCUCUGUUUUCAAUUCUUGUGUCCCCAGAAAUGGCAGCCACAAGCUCAUGAGCUCUUCCAUGGAGUUUGUGUAGCACACCACAAAUAUCUUUGGCAUUAAGUAAACCCCAUUUCAGCCCUUCUUCAUAAUACCACUUAUGAACAGUGCGCACUGGUAAAGUCACACCUCUUCUUUCUCUCUCUCUCUCUCUCUCUCUCUCUCUCUCCCCAUUUCAGUAACUUUUAUGGUCUUCUUUCUUAUAGCACCCUGAUGGCUUUUCGAGCUCUUCUUUCUCUGGGACUUUCUUUGCAUUCAGCUUGUUGCUUCCUUUUUUGUUCUUGAUUUCUUCCUUUUCCUUUUAAUGAUUCGCAUAGGGUUCAUAGUUUUCGGGUUCAUUUUGUUGCUUUCCAGCCCUGUGGUUCUCUGAGAUCUGAUUCUUUUUGACAGAUUCUUCUUUCUUUUUCUCUUUUAGCUAAACCCAUUUGGGGCAGGCUCCGAAACCUCAUAUGGGUAUCCUUUUCGUUGUGUUCUGGUGGGGUUUUGGAGGUUUUGAACAGUGAUUAUGAAGGAUCUUUCAUGUUUAGCUACUGAACUGCAACUUUUCUUUGAAUUUUGGGGUAAUUUCAAGGCUAUUUUCUUUUCCUUUUGGGGCGAGCUUCUACUGAUUCAUUUAGUUUUCUGUAAUGGAGUCUUGGAGUUAUGUUUCUGAAGGAAAGGGAUGUAUGUCUGAUGAAAUGAACUCACCUACUAGUUCGCUUGCAAGAAAUAAGGAUUCUGCGUUGGGGUGGGACUUCAAGAAUCCCUGCAAUUUCAGUAGCACUAUGUUAGCAACAGGUCAACAGGUUAACAAUCAAGGUUUUGGGGAACUUGUUUUCCCAGAAAUGAUUGGGAAACAAUUACCUGACAUUUGUGAUAUUUUGAGUAGCAAGGUUGUUGGUGGAAGGUUUCUGAAUCCUGCUAUGAAUUCCUCCAAUGCAUUUCUGGGGGAGGAUGAAUCCACUUCAAAGUUCUCUGGCUCUAUUGUUGACUCUAGCGGCCGAGAUUCGUCGUUUAUCGAUUUGAAUUUGGGGAGAUUUGCUGACCAGAGGGAUGCUCAUGGCUACAAAAUUUUCAAGGGAGCCCCUAUUGUAUCAUCGUCUGAGUCGUCGAUGCCUUCGAAAAGGGUACGAGCUUCCGGGUUGAAUUCCCAAACUUAUUUCUGUCAAGUUUAUGGCUGUAAUAAGGAUCUCAGCUCCUCUAAGGAUUACCAUAAGAGGCAUAAAGUUUGUGAAGCUCACUCAAAGACUGCAAAAGUUAUUGUCAAUGGCAUAGAACAAAGGUUUUGUCAGCAAUGUAGCAGGUUUCAUUUGCUAGCCGAGUUUGAUGACGGUAAGCGCAGCUGUCGUAAACGCCUUGCAGGUCAUAAUGAACGUCGAAGAAGGCCUCAGGUGGCUCUAAACUCCAGCAGGGCGGGAAGGUUUCUUCAGUCAUAUAAUGGUAGCAGGUUUCAAGGAACACCAGCAACAUCCUUUAUCUGCCAAGAGAUAUUACCAAGUGGUAUUAUGCAUCCAGAGAAAUAUGGAACAAGUGAUUGGUGUAGGACUGUGAAGAUUGAAGACAAGAAUGAAUAUAUGCCUCUGUCUGCUGUUCAUGUUCCUAGUGGUCACCUGCAUUCUAAAUCCCUCUUCUCUCCUUAUGAUAUUGAUACUCAAAUUCCCCCUUUUCAUGACAAUGGACUGAAUGCAGCUGCCACAAACAUGUUCAAGGAGAACAGUAAUCAAUAUCCUAUUAGUGUAGGAGGUGUCUUUAAUAACCCCUCAUUAGGCAGUGAAUACUUCAGUGUUUUUAGUGCAGCAACAACCGACAGAAUAUCAGGAUUAUCAGACUCCGGUUGUGCUCUCUCUCUUCUGUCAUCUCAAACACAAAACUCCUCAACUCAUUCAUCAGGGAUUCCCAUUGCUCGUCCGUUGGUCUUGCUCGAGGGCCAGAAUCAUUACAGCAUGAGUCAACUUUCUGAGAAGCUCAUGGGAGUAAGCUCUCAGGUUUCUGUGAGUGGAGUGUCCAAUAAAUUCAAUUCAUCAGGGUUGAAUACUCUUGGUCCCAUAUCAACACCUGAAACAAGUGAUGCAGUAAACUUUGAAAGUACAAAUCGUGUUUUCCAUGGGUCAAAUUUGGCUGAUACUACUGAAGGCAGCCCCACCAUUGACUUGCUGCAGCUUUCAUCACAACUUCAUCGCGUGGAGCACGAGAGGCAAGUUAUGCAGGUGAAGCAAGAAAGUAAUGCUUUCUGCUGCCUCCGGAUCACUUAAAUUUUAUGCAAAACAGAUUCGUAUUGGAACAGGUGGCGUGGCAGGACGAAGUUUGUGCUGACUAUGAACAAUGCAGUGGAUUUUGAUGCAUUGGUGCUGGAAGAGCUGUUGUUGGGGUAGGGUGAGGAGAAGAACUCCAGAAUAAAGUAGUCAUGAUUUAUUCCUUUUUCAUAUGAACUAAACUUUGUUCCACAAACGUUGAUAUGUUGGUACUAUUCUUGGACCAUUCUUGAAGUAUUCUAUUAUUAAGCUUUGAGAUGUCUUUUGAUGAAUCUUUGCAAAGGAUAAUACUUCUAUUUCUAUUUUCAGCUAAGCCAUUAUAUUGAGCUUU